GCGCUCGGAGACCAGGACUCAUCGCGUUCAGUCAUGUCCGCCCAGGGGAUGCACUAUGUUGAUCUUAAAAGUUGACCAGGGCUUUUGGUUGUGGGGUGUCUACGAGGCAUGGCUCCGUCUUCGCUUGCUUCAUCUUGUCCUGCGUGUCUACUGUGUGGGGGGAAUCAGCACGGUGACAGCAGCAUCUACCUGGAUAACAUCACGCGUAUUUUGGAUAGAUUACUGGAUGGCUAUGACAAUAGGUUGCGACCUGGAUUUGGAGGUCCUGUCACGGAGGUCAAGACGGACAUCUUUGUCACCAGCUUUGGGCCGGUUUCAGACGUGGAGAUGGAGUACACCAUGGACGUGUUCUUCCGCCAGACCUGGAUCGACGAGCGGCUGAAAUUCGAGGGCCCCAUCGAGAUCCUGCGGCUGAACAACCUGAUGGUCAGCAAGAUCUGGACCCCGGACACCUUCUUCCGGAACGGCAAGAGGUCCAUCUCUCACAACAUGAACCCCAACAAGCUGUUCCGCAUCAUGCAAAACGGAACAAUCCUCUACACCAUGAGACUGACCAUCAACGCGGAGUGUCCGAUGCGUCUGAUGAACUUCCCGAUGGGGCACGCCUGCCCGCUGAAGUUUGGCAGCUACGCCUACCCCAUGAGUGAGAUCGUCUACACCUGGAAGAAGGGCCCGCUGUCCUCCGUGGAGGUCCCCCAGGAGUCCUCCAGCCUCCUGCAGUACGACCUCAUCGGGCAGACCGUUUCCAGCGAGAGGCUCAAGUCCAACACGGGCGAAUACGUCAUCAUGACCGUCCACUUCCACCUGCAGAGGAAGAUGGGCUUCUUCCUGAUCCAGACCUACAUCCCCUGCAUCAUGACCGUCAUCCUGGCCCAGGUGUCCUUCUGGAUCAACAAGGAGUCCGUCCCUGCCAGGACCGUGUUCGGCAUCACCACCGUGCUGACCAUGACCACGCUCAGUACCAUCGCCAGGAAGUCCCUGCCCAAGGUGUCCUACGUGACGGCCAUGGACCUGUUUGUGUCCGUGUGCUUCAUCUUUGUGUUCGCCGCGCUCAUUGAGUACGGCACGCUGCACUACUUCGUCAGCAACCGCAAGCCCAGCGCCAAGAAGGACAAGAAGAGGAAGAACCCGCUCCUGCGACUCUUUUCCUCCAAGACGCCCACGGUGGACAUCCGCCCGCGCUCCGCCACCGCCAUCCAGAUGAACAACGCCACGCACAUGCAGGAGCGUGACGAGGAGUACGGCUACGAGUGCCUGGACGGUAAGGACUGCACCAGCUUCUUCUGCUGCUUCGAGGACUGCCGCUCCGGCGCCUGGCGCCACGGCCGAUUGCACAUCCGCGUGGCCAAGAUAGACUCGUACGCCCGUAUCGGAUUCCCCACCGCAUUCGGCCUCUUCAACCUGGUGUACUGGGUGUCCUACCUGUACCUGUAGGGCCCCGGGACCGGGCCGCUCUGACGGCGGGAUGGAUCAUUCACACACCCUUUUGGCCCAGUGAUGGACACUUGUUUGUUUUUAGUGUGUUUUCUUGUUCAUUUUUUAAAAGGAGGCGACCCUCCUCAGAGAAGAUUUCAUUUCACGUUUUGAUUUUGAAUUUCCCUCUCCCCACUAUUUAUGUGAAUAGUGAUGUUUGUUUGUUUGUUUGUUUCGAUGCUUCUUUUGAGGACAAUGCAAUUGUUGUAGCAUUUAAUAACUUGCAUAGAAAGGGGCUAAAGAUUUUUGUUUUUCCACAAAAGAAGAUGAAAAAGAUUGUUCUUGGAAAUAGCAAGGUUGUUCUUUCACUUGUUGGUUUGAACACCAGUUAUGUUGCUAAAUUCAACCUUAGGAAAGGACUACAAAUCCCACACCCACACAGUCACACCUGAUAGGGAUAUUCUAUUAAGACACCUAGCAUACACAUUUGAAAGACACCUCAUGCACCUGCACCAUUAUCUUACUCGCAUUCAUCAUAUUUUGAUUAUUAUGAUAGCAAAAUAUGCCACAACCUAAUGGAGGUACUUUAUCAGUAGUUAUGGUUUUGUGAUCAAAUUUGAUUUUUUUUUUUCCAAUAACAGUUUAGCCCGAUGAAACAUUACAUCUUUCAUUUGUGGUCUGAGAUUUAAGCUGCGAUUCAUGAUGCUUUGGUUACAUGUACAAACACUGUAUAUAAUUUACUAUUCCUUAGUCGUUUACAUUUAUUGCAUGCACCUUUCAGGCCGAAACUAAAUAUGUUUUGAGGUCUUCUAUUGUUGGCUAUGAAAAGUAAGAGAGAAUUGUUGAUUAUCAUUCAGGAUUUAGUUAUAUAUUAUAUUUAUUUUCUCUGAUAUAAUAAAAUUAAAAAAUGUUACCAUAAAAAAAUUUACCUAGGUUUUUUAUUUUUUUUAUUCUUUCAGACUAAUCAGUGGCCAGUUGGAUUAGUCAGAUGAUGUUGGUCAGAAUUUUCAGCCAUCACCCAUUCACCAAAUAGUGAUAGAAACUGUUACCCUUCCUGCUUUAUUUCCUUCUUUCUACCAUUCUUGAAACACUUCACUAUUUAUUCCUGCUUUUGUUCAGUAUUUUAUAUACAUGGAUAAAAAGGAAUAUAACAAGUACAUGCAAGGUAAACGUGGACUUUGUUAUUCAUUAUAAUACAUCAUGUAUGUCUCACCAUACACGGGCCAUACAUUCGCACACUCAUGCCUCCGUAUGCAUGAGUGAGUGGUCCUGCAGUUUUCGAAACAUUUUCAAAUCCACAAUGAGCCAGUGUGAGUUACAGCAUUGUCUUAACAUACUUUAAGAUCAAAGGCAACAUUCGAUGCAGCGGGUAAUACUAAAAUGGCAGAUUUGUUUUAAUUGUCUCGAUUGUAAUAGCAUAUGAUCAUAGAUUUAUUUCAUAACGCUGCACAGGCUGUGCAGGAUAAUGUGGGGAAUGAACUCAUAUAUUUAAAAAAACAGGUGUAUGCCUUUGAGGAAAGAAGAAAGGCAGGAAGCUAUUUUGACUUCUUUUUUUCUGUCGUGAUGGAGUCUUAUCCUGUUUAUCCUAUAGUGUGAUUCUAUGUUGCGGUUGACCAACGCUGCUGUCAAAAGGCUUGUCAAACAACUGUGUUGACAAACAAUUCUUGGAAAAAAAAUGAUGCAACAUCUUUUAAAGUGUAGACUUAAAGUAGAAAGAAAACAAAAUAAACUAUGAUGUUAUCACCAUCGUGAUUUUGGACAAUGUGGACAACCUAUUUAUUUCUGUAUUUAUUUUAUUGAUUUAUUUUGUUUAUUUGUAUAUUUUUUCCCACCAAUAUCUUACUCCGUCAUAAGGGUUUUCUUCUAUGUCUCGUGCUCCUACCACAGAGAUUAGUAACUAGUAUCUGAGUGUGGCCACGCUCUCCACACCUUGGAAUAGAUGAAAUUCUUAGGGUUGCUUAUUUUUGUUGGAAGGUGCCAAACUCCAAACGCAGAUCCAAGGAGACAUUGGCCGGGAUCAGGGAGUUUGCUAGCGUUAUUGUGUGCCCUGUCUUAAGAUCACUCUUUGACACGGUUCUUAUUGAUGAGAACGUGGAGGAACGCAAGAGAUUUUCAUUUGAGGCCAUUUGCAAAUGUGUCUGAAUCACACAAACAUCAUGCAUAUUAAUACUGCUUUCUUUCUUCAUGUUUUCUACUAUCUCUUUUAUUUCAACUUCUCCAACGAGUACACAUCAUAGCGUAUAAAAGCUGCGUUAUCAAAGGAUCUCCAGUAAUGGAGAUCAAAUAUCAAGCCUCGCUGUCUCAAUGACUAGACAUACCAUCAAAUGCAAGACAUGUAUUCUUUGUAAUGCUUCUACUGUUUACCUAGAUUUGAUCAACAGAUUUAUGCAGGAAACCAGAGUGGCAUGCAAUAUCCAGCUGACUUCAUUUGCAAAGUAAACAAAGUACUUACUCUGUUUACGAAACAUAUCGUUCUUUGAAUGCUAGCAUGUUUCAUCUUUGAAGAGGGCCGUGUAACAAAUUUUAUUUUACUUUUCAUGUAUUUAUGGAAAUAAAUGCUUGUUUUGUUGUUCAGUCUUUUAAAAUGCUCUAUCUUCACCAUGAAGUCGUGUUGAUGUGUGGAUUCCGGCAGGUUUGAACAUUAUUAUAAAUAUUCAAAGAAUUAUUUCAAAAGAAACAAAACAAAGCUUUGCGUUUUAUGUGUCCUCAGGCCCUUUUCUUUCAUGGACAUUGGCAUUUACAAUACCUUUUUCUUUGUUUGUUUAUUUAUUUAUCGAUUAUUCUUAAAAAGAAAGUGAACAUUUUCACUUCAGAACCAACACGUGUGUCUUGAGAGCACAUGUAAAUAGUUUCUAUGUUUUUCUCUCUUUUGUCAGACUGCAGACAACAGGUGAUGGUGUCGAUACACCGGUACAAUGUCGAUGUGACUGGUGGGUCAAUGGCUGUGUGGCUGAUAUCCAAAAUAACAACAACAAAACGAAUAAAAAAAAACAAUGACAGUGAAAUACCUGAUUACCCUAGACAUUGUUUGCCAUCUAUGUAUCAUAUAUCUCUUCUGUAUGUAUAUAAAGGGCACUAAAGAAAUUCUGGUGAGGUCUGCAUAAUAUAACAUACAUAUACUGGAAAAAAAUAAUAAUAUAUAUAUAUCCUUUUCAUAAGGGAAUUGCACACAGCUGUGGAAUUUUACAAUAAAACGGUUGCAUUAA